ACAAGCUCCCUUGCUCUAGUCUUGGCUGUCUUGCGUAUAACAAGAAACUCACACCAUGGUGAAAGAAACCAACGAAGUUCACGGCGCCGAGGUGACAAUCCUCACGUCUGCCACCACGACCGUGGCGCCGGCGCUGCCGAUGCAAGAGCACCGUCUGCCUUUGUCGAACCUGGACCUCCUCCUGCCGCCCAUCGAUGUCGGCGUCUUCUUCUGCUACCUCCACCCCGCGCCAACAGCGGCCGCGCUCAAGGAGGCGCUGGCCAAAGUGUUGGUCACGUACUACCCGCUCGCCGGGGAGGUCGUGGCCAACGCGGACGGCGAGCCGGAGGUGCUGUGCAGCGGCCGAGGCGUCGACUUUACCGAGGCCAGCGCCGACGACGCGGAGCUGCGGGAGCUCCGGCUGGGCAUGGUAGACGAGGGCGUGGAGAAACUUGUACCCGCCAAAAAAGCCGGCGUCAUAUGUGUUCAGGUCACGAAGUUUAAGUGUGGUGGCGCUGUCGUCGGCUGCACUUUCGACCACCGUGUAUGCGACGCCUACUCCUUCAACAUGUUCCUCGUAGCGUGGGCCGCCGCCGCCCGCGGUGGCUCUGCAGCUCUAGCCCCGUCGUUUCGCCGCUCCCUAGUCGCUCCGCGCGACCCGUCGCCGCGCACACACUCCACCGACGCUCUCAUCGAUCGCCUCUUCUCCCCUCUUAGCUCCGCACCGCCGCCCCCUCCAUCCUCCGUCACCGCAACCGCCGUCAACCGCAUCUAUCACAUCUCCGCCGCCGACGUCAAGGAAUUGCAGGCCAGGGCAGGGCCUACGCGCACAAAGCUCGAGGCGUUCACGGCCCACCUAUGGCAGCUCUCCUCCAGGGCAGCCUCCGAGCGCCAGAGCCUAUGCUGCAUGGGUAUGGUUGUCGACGGGCGCGGCCGCAUGUUCCCAGAUGGCGCCAUGGAGGCCUACUUUGGUAAUGUGCUGACCAUAACAUAUGGCGUCAUCGGUGUUGAUGACCUCCGCCGGCGCAUGGCCCUCGCCGACGUGGCGGACGACGUGCACCGGUGGGUGCGGGAGGCCGCGACGGGCGAGCACUUCCGUGGCCUGGUCGACUGGGUGGAGGCACUGCGGCCCAAGCCGGCCGCCGCCAGAGCGUACCUGGGUGGAACCGGCGGCGCCGAGGCGACGGCGUGCAUCGUGUCGUCGGGGAUGGGUUUCCCCGUCAGCGAGGCCAACUUCGGUACGGGCGUGCCGGCAUUCGCGUCAUACCAUUUCCCAUGGCCGGCCGGCGCAGCGUACGUGAUGCCGAUGCCGAGUGCGCGUGCGGACGGCGGCUGGGUGGUAUACGUGCACGCGUCACCUGAGUUGGUCAAGGUGAUGGAGGAAAAGCAUUCUAUUUUCAAAGCCCUGGAUAACAGCUAUGUGUUUGGAUGAAGGGGUGACAUGGUAAUAUAUAUACGGAAAUAACAUAGGGCUGGGUGGCUCGGUGUUCAUUGCCAACUAAUACUGUACAUUUAUUGCGUACCAUUUGCAUGUAAAACCACAUUCUACAAGUAUGUGGCCGUCUGACGUCUCGUGUAUAUAUAUGUCAUGUCGGCCUGUUAUUUUUUUAAAUUGUACGGCAGAAGCUCCGCUUUUAUUUACACUAA